AUGCACAGUAAUCAAUCACCAAAUAGACCACGAACGACAAGAAGUUAUGACAAAUCGAUCAAACUGGAGGCUAGAGCAAGUAGUGAAGAAGCCGAUGGUAAUCAUGUCACUCACGCCCCUCAAAACUCGUCCGAGAAACGCAACGCUCGCGUUGGAGUGAGGGAUUGCAUAGACCAACGGAACAUGGAGAUUUUUGCAGGGUUACUUCACAAUUGUGGACCUCUUACAUUGGCAUCGUCGCAAUCGCUCUAUCGAUUACGGUCCCAUCAACCAUUGCAGCGUAACAAGGGCCGCAACCUUCAAGUGCGUACUUUUCGAUGCCGAAUACUAAGUCUUACCAGUACCAUUGAUAUGGUUGAGAUCACAAAGGAAAUGAUGGUUAUGACGGCAGACGAGGUUGGCGUGAAAGGGGAACACUGCUUCCGUGAAGUUGCGGAAUCUGUCAACUAUAUGGCUGCUUCGGUGUCAGUUCCUUGUGAUGACGAUAUAAUUUACUUGGACUCUGAUGAAGCUUUAUCUCCUCUUGCAAAACAACCCGCUUCCGAUCGCUCCAAGAUAUCAAGGCUGCUACUACAGGUCAUUCGCCUUCAUCUUACUGAAAAGUGUUCAUCUCCUGGGUGUUCUGCCGUGAUGGACCAAGCUCAAAAGCUUGGAAAGAAAGUAGAAGAUAUGGAAGCGCUAGCUACAAAGCUUCGAAAGAUGUGUUCGGCUCAACAGUCUGAAAUCACGAGGCUGAAUGAAGAAGCGGCGAAGAAUAAAAGGAAGCUUUCUGUGAUGGAGGAUAUUGUUAAGCGGCAGGGUGUUCUGAUUCGUGAUUUGGAAGCGCAGCUAAGUGUACUCCUGAAUCCCGUGGCGCGACCUUCGCCCUCUGGUCAUUCAAAUCUCAGCCAUCCGAAACCUGUCAGCAAUUCUACUCUGGUUACUCCUUCAAUGAAUAAUGCUCGUGUGGAACAGGCACCUGUCGUUCAGAGAAGGGUUCGAAGUGACGCACAUCUUUCAAGCGUUGCUACUGCUACUCCAUCGGCCCCCAGAGGUGCCAGAUUCUACGUUGACCGAAAUUGCGUUAAAAAUACUGCAGAAAAAAACUAUACAUUUGGAGAAGUAGUAAAUCCUGUCCGGGAUGUUCAACCAAAGGUCGUUCAUUCACCAGCUUCUUCCAAGACGUUGAAUGUUUGCAAUCCAAGAACUGGUCGCAUUCAGCUAGAUGUCCCUUUUGUGGCUGGAAAGCUGCUAGUAGACUUCAUUUCUCCUAUUGGUACGCCUGUUUUGGACUAUCCUUCUGAGUGUCAUCACUGCAAGGUUGCUGGUCCGAUAAAAUUGAAGUUGGAAAUAAAAACUGAACCAUCCAAUUUCUUGCUCACUAAGAAGGUCCAGGGUGUGGUGAAAUACACUGCAUUCAACGGCUGUCGUCCGAAGAAUGUUAAAAUGUUUUGUUACUUGGAGAGUGCCAUUAAAGUGAGGCGGUGGACAUCCAGUCUGGUGCAUACUUUUGCGGAUUCUGAUAAAAUAAAGUUUGAUAUCGUGUUCUCAAAAGAUCAACAAGUCGCACGCUUUGACCGCAUCGUAGCAUUCGCAUUUGCUUCAACUGGUACGGAUAAAUUUGUUACAAACCGUGUGGUGUUUAAUAUUGGUCUGCAAAUGGAAGCUCAAAACGAGCAGUCGAAAGAUCAGGGAUCUGUAUGUGCACAGAUCGUUCGUCCUUCUGCGCUUGAACCAAUGGAAACGGACUCUCCGGCGCCUAUGAGAACAAUAACAGAUCCACUGAACGACUCAAACUUCGAAGUGUAUCGCCCGUGA